CAGCAGCACCAACAUAGUCGAAGGCGUGCUAGUAGUCGCUCUCUGGGCUGCGGCGGAAUUCUGAGCGAAGCGUGUUUUUCUAUCGUUGUAUUUAUUUGUUUUUAUACGCCUAAAUUGUCUGAUACUUAUCUUGUGGCCAUGGUUUGCCAUCGUUUCAGCUGGUUUAACUAAGGCUAAUUUUGAACUCUCAGCAAACGGGUGGGUCCGUGAUGUACCACAAUCGAGGAAGAACCGCUUUCUCAAGGUCCAGGUUGAGGCCUACUUGUUAAAGAUCCCCCUCCUACCCUGCUGAAUCUAAUCGUGAUGGCUGAGGAUCAACAGCAACCUGGUCAGCACCCUAAGCCUAACUCGGGAAUAGGGUCUUUACCGUCCCUUGUCCCUGGACUGCACGGAGGCGAGGCCAGUGCGUUGCAGCACAAAAUAAAGAACUCCAUUUGCAAAUCUGUACAAUCAAAAGUGGACAACAUAUUGCAAGAUGUUGAGAAGUUUACAGACAUUGAAAAGCUCUACCUCUACCUUAAGUUGCCUUCUGGUCCUAGCAAUGGCAAUGACAAAAGGACUGAGAAUCAGAGGGGGUCCCCCAAUCCUGGAUCACUCUCAUGUGAUCAGAGCUCGAUGUCAUCAAGCCGCACGCAGCAAAUGCACGCGUUCAACUGGAUCCGCAAUCACCUAGAGGAGCAUCCAGAGACGUCGCUGCCCAAACAAGAGGUUUACGAUGAAUACAAGAGCUAUUGUGACAAUCUCGGCUACCAUCCACUGAGCGCCGCCGACUUCGGAAAGAUCAUGAAAAACGUCUUUCCAAAUAUGAAGGCACGUCGACUCGGCAUGAGAGGAAAAUCCAAAUACUGCUAUAGUGGGCUAAGGAAGAAGGCAUUUGUCCACAUGCCAUCUUUGCCCAACCUGGACUUGCAUAAGACCGGUGAUGGGUGCGAGGCGCUGGAGCCGUCGGGCCAGCUGCAGAGCGCGGACGAGGAGGUGCGCUCGGCGGCCUGCACGCUGGUCUGCGAGUGGGCGCAGAAGGUGCUGAGCCGCCAGUUCGACAGCGUGGAGGACCUGGCCCGCUUCCUGCUCAACAGCCACUACUCGCCGCCGCUGCUCGGCGCCAAGUCCAUGGCUGCGCUCGCCGUGAUGACCGGAGUGGCCACAGGGGCGAAGACCCCGACGCAGGCGUCUGCGUUUGUUCCCACGGCGGAGGCCAACUCCUUCCAGCCCCAGGUGAAGACCCUGCCCUCCCCCUCCAUCGACGCCAAGCAGCAGCUGCAGCGCAAGAUCCAGAAGAAACAGCAGGAGCAGAAGCUUCACUCGCCCCUGCCGGGCGAGGCCCAGGGCAGGCGGGCGGACGGGGGCACGCCUGGCGCGGGGGCCGGCAUCCCCUGCAGAAGCCCCGCCCUCCUCUCCCCCCAGCCCACCAUUGGCAUCGUGGUCGCAGCCGUCCCCAGCCCCAUCACGGUGCAGAGAAACAGGCAGUUGAUGACAUCUCCAAGCCCUGUGGGCACCGCGGAGGGAAAGGUCCUGCCGAUGAACUUUCAGGUGGUCACCCAGUCCAUGCAGCAAGUGAAGCACUCCCCUAAGGCCCCGCAGAACGUCCCCGCCAGCCCCGUGGGCGACCGGUCCGCCCGCCACCGCUACGCCCAGAUCCUGCCCAAGCCGUCGGCCGCCAGCACCAUCUCCCUGCGCUCCCCACCGACCCUGCUCAUCACCAACAGCCCCAUCAAGACGGUGAUGCCCUCCCCGCACGUCAACGUGGUGAAGAUGACGACGAUCUCGCUGUCGCCCGGCAGCAGCAGCAGCGGUGGCGGCUCCGCCCCCCGGCCCGCCUCUGCUGGGUUGAGCAGCGCCGGCUUCUACGAAGAGCACAGACCCGGCCCCCAGGCCCGGAGCGGCUCGGCCGUGUCCCUGCAGUCCCCCGCCGGCAAGCUGAGCCGAGCAGCUACGACCCCCACCAUCGAUGUCAAGAUGGAGCCCGAAGCCAUAACGGACGAUAAUCAAGCCCUCGGUGCCCACAGGCUUACAGCCACUCAGGACUCUGCCGCUGGGCAGAUGGGUGAGGGAGGUGCUAAGCCAAGGGCCGCCAGCGUGCCCACACCCCGCAACAAGGGCUCCCCGGGACUUGACGGGACAGGCAGGACCAAAUGUGGCCAGAGGUCCCCUACCAACGCCAGCACUAUCGGUGGCAGCAACAACCACAACACAGACAGAACUUUGUAUCUGACCAUGUCUGGCCAGAGUACCAGCAUCACCACCAGCGGCAACAGCGCAGCUGCCCUGUCACCCAAGGAAAGUUACCCAGGCUCGAAGAGCCCCAGGAAGCGCCCGGCCCUCGGCUCAGAGCCCAGCACCACACCUGUCAAGAAGGUGUUCAUCACCCAGCAGCCUGUGGGGUGCGUUAGCAGCCCUAAACUAGGUGGGAGUGCCGCAGUGAAGAAGAACUCCAGGGCGGGGACUCCAUGCAAGCCCGAAAGCGCACCCGGCAAAGUGACUGUGAAAUUGAACUCCACGGUCGCCACUCGAAUUGUGACGCUUUCUGACUCCCCCGCCGGGAACUUCAGUGGCUUCCAGACUGUUGUCAAACCACAGGCCUCUACGCAGGUCAAAAAAGAAGGGACUCCCUCUGGAGUGGAUGCCAGCGACCUUGGUGGCUCCGCCCCCAGCCAAACGUUACUGCAGCACUCAAGCAGUCCACAGGCCAUGUCUGCUGGCUCAGGCAUGCUCGACACCUCCGCAGUCAACCAUAUGAAGAACGCCAUGUGGGUGGAAGGACAGCAGCAAGCCUACGUACAGCAGAUACCGGACCACAAGCCCGUUUCCACGCCGGUCAUGGACCAGAUGCCCAUGGUGGCCCAAGGUCCGGCUCAGAGUCAGCUGACCCUCCACGCGGACGUCAUGGGAUUUGUGGGAACCCAGCCGAACGUGGAGUACUUCCCAUUCAACGAUGACGACAUGACGCAGGACAGCAUCGUGGAAGAGCUGGUGCAGAUGGAGGAGCAGAUGAAGUUCAACAGCGGCCUGCAGCCCUUCGGCUGCGUGGACAUGGCACUGCAGGGCCAGUCCGCCAUCAUGCAGGGCGCCGCUCUGUCCGCUCACCAGAUGGGCACCCCGUUCUACCACUCGGCCCACAGCAGCGGUACCCCCAUCCACACUCCUACGCCCACGCCCACUCCCACUCCGACGCCCACCCCCACCCCAACCUCCGAGAUGAUGGGAGGGGGCCAGGGCUUGACUCGGGAGAGCCCUUGCUCGCGGAUGGCGCCCACCACCCCCGUGGACAGCGCUCUGGGGAGCAGCCGGCACACGCCAAUCGGGACCCCCCACUCCAACUGCAGCAGCAGCGUCCCCCCGAGCCCGGUGGAGUGCCGGAACCCCUUCGCCUUCACGCCCAUCAACUCCAGCAUGACCGGCUACCACGACGCCAGCAUUGUCUCCAGCAGCCCCGUCAAGCCCAUGCAGAGGCCUACCGCCACCCACCCGGACAAGGCCAAACUGGACUGGAUGAACAACGGGUACAACACAGGAGGGGCCGCCUCCGCCAUUUCCAACAACGGCAUCGGCAUCCUCCCCAGCUACCAGGAGCUGGUGGACGAUCACUUCCGGAAGCCGCACGCCUUCGCCAUUCCCGGGCAGUCGUAUCAGUCGCAGUCCAGGCACAGCGACGCCCACUUUGGCCGCCUGACGCCCAUCUCGCCGGUGCAGCAGCAGGUCGCCAACAUGGCGAAUCUCAACAAGCAGGAAGGCUUCGCGGUGCCUGCCCCUCUGGACAACAAGGCAACAAGCUCCUCCGGGGGGGCCACCUUCAGGUGUCGCAGCGUCAGCCCGGCCGUACGGCAGCGCAACCUGAGCGGCAGCACGGCGUACGCCAACGUUCCCCGAACUGUCGUUUCCCCCUUCAGCUCCCCCAUCACCCCUGAGGUGCUCAACAUAUUCGCCAACAGCCAGCUGGACGCCAACGCUACCAACCUGGCCCAGAGGAGCCAGUCGGUGCCGCUCAACGUGAUGAUGCAGACGGAGGUGCUGCCCAUGCAGAAGCAGAGCAGCAACAGCAAGAAGAUCACCAACGUGCUGCUGAGCAAGAUGGACUCGGACGGCGACGACGCCGUGCGGGGCCUAGGCAUCAACAACAUGCCCUCCAACUACACCGCCCGCAUGAACCUCACCCAGAUCCUGGAGACUACCACGCCCGCCUUCGCAGGAGGCGUCAACCACCAAACCAUGGUCAACCCCAGCCCUUCUGCGUACGAGUUCCAGAAGCCAAGUUACCUCACGAAGAAUGCCAGGAGCGAGCAGAUGCCCUUCUCUUCCGGAGACAGCCAAGCACAAUCGGGCUCUGGUGAGCCGCAGCCAGAGCAGCAGCUGCAGGAGCAGCAGCUACAGGAGCAGCUACAGGGGCAGCUACAGGAGCUGCAGGAGCCAAACCAGCCACAGCUGCUGCCCCAGAAUCCCCAGCAGCAGCAGCAGCAGCAGCAGCUCGAUUUCAACAGCACUGUCAAGGAACUCUUGGGGCAUGACGGCCUGCACCCAGACUCCCAGCUUAUGGGGCAGGGGCCCCCAGAACUCAACGCAGUUUCGUCCGAUUUCCCCAACGACAUCAGACUUACCUCAGAGCUUUCCAGUAGCAUCAAUGACCUGAACACUCUGGACACAAAUCUACUGUUUGACCCCAAUCGGCAGCAGGGACAAUAUGAUGAUUCUACACUGGAAGAACUGAAAAAUGAUCCGCUUUUCCAGCAGAUCUGCAGCGAGACAGUGACGUCUGCUGGCUUUGACUGGUUGGAAAGUAAAGACCAACCCACAGUGGAAAUGUUGGGUUAAAGCUUCUUUUUUAUAUGUUUGAAUGUGUAUUUUUGUUUGUUUGUUUGUUUUUUUGGAACCUUCUCUGUAAUUAUUGUCACAAGAGUGCAACAGCACACUGCAACAAGAAUCUGGACGCACCGACAUUUGUCCAGUGAGAAGUGCCAGCCUGAACAGAAAUAAUCGCUCUUACGAGUAUGUUGAGUUUUAUAUUUCCGUUUUAUAGGUAUGCUGCAUCACAGUACAUUGUUGGUGCUUUUGGGUCCCCCGAUUUCCCCUCCCUCUAAGAAUUUUAAUGGAAUCAUAAACUAUUGCAGAGAGUAAUUUAGGUGAAGAGGCAUGCUUGAAUUUUAUGUUUUUGCAAAGGAACGGUUGUUUUCAGGGUACAGUGUUCAUUUUAUUAGCAUGUUUGUUUUUCUAUUUUUAUUUAAAUAACUGUUUCCUGAGGUUGUACUUUAAAAUAUAGAUCAUUACAUGUUUAAGAGGCGCUGUGGACUGAAAGAUUUUCUGUUUUCAGUUGUUUAGACUGUUCUUUAUAAGCUAAAUUUGUUUAGCUGAAGUUGAGUUUUUUUUUAAAGCCUCUUGCCUCUGACACAUUUACUAAGGGCUGCACUCAAAUUGAUGCCAGCUGAAGGCUUCUGUUGUGGUGUGUUUACUGAACAUCUGUAGAGGGAGAACAAUCGUGAAGUAAGGACAGAUUCACAUUCACAAAUGUUUCCACCAGGAAUGUCCAUCUUGCAACUGACAGACCAGCAAUACUCAUAACAAUAUUCAUCAUGUGGGAGGGCGUUUUCUGCUGCUGCCAUGGUUUUUUAUUUUUUUGUACCUUUUCUUAAUCUUGUUGCCAUUUCAGGUUUCUAGAAGGGUAGCAGUUGCUGCCAGGUGCUUAAUUACAAAGUUAUCACAUACCAAAUCGGUAGAAAAACCUUAUAAUAACUAAUGUCCAAAAAUGUCUGGUAUCUGUUAAAACCCAAUCUUAUCCCUUUUUUUAAACAAGUCAGAUGAUGGGUUUUUGCUGAAUAUUUUUUAAGAAUAUAAGAGGAAGAAAAUCUUUGUAAGGUGCCCAAAAUGAAAUUGUUCCAAGUUUUUAUGUGCCAUCUAAAUUUCAAAGUCUAGGCAACAUUUAAUUUACAAAUUGAUUAAAACUUCAAAGAUAAAAGGCAGCUGUUACAACACUACUGAAUGGGAUAUAUUCUAGGUUUUAACAAAUUGAUUUAAAAAAAUUAUGGACUCCCUAUAUCUGAUAUUAUGCAUUUACAGCAUUACUUUUUCUGGAUUUGGCGGUCUUCAUGAUGAACAUCGCUUCUGUCUUCACACUCUCCUUAACAUGCGAUGCAGUUGUGAUAAGGUUGGUUUGUAGCUUGAUGUGUGUGACUGGUGGACUAUUGAAGUUGAAGGGUCAAGUAUAAAUUCCAUGAAGGCAAUUCAAUUUUAGUGUUCAUUUUGAAGAUGUAUUGAAUGCCUAAUGCUGCCCUGUUCAUAAUAUUAAGCUUUUCUGAGCUUGUAUAUGGCUCUUUUAGGAGAGUGAAAAGGAAAAAGGAAAAUCUGACUGCUUGGUUAUUUUACUGUUCUGAACUAUUUAAUCACUUGGACAUUAAAUAUAUCCCAUUAUAUACAAGUCAUAUAUCGUAGGAUCUGCUUUGGGGGCAUUUGGCUGAUUUGUUAGUCUGUUGAGAAAUCGGAAUAUGUUGGUGAGAGACGUGUGGUAUCCAAGUGGAACAGAUAUUUUUUCCUUGUGUGGCUAAUUGAAGGGGUAAAAUGUACCCUUUGUGGUUCAUAGCAACCUUGUGGCAUAACAAAAUAUAUUAAUUGGUCGUUUUUACAAUUUUAUAAUAAUAAUAUUGACAAUAGUAACAUAAGCCAAAUGUUUGGGGGAAAAGCAGCCUUUAUGAAGGCAAGUGUCUACUUAUGGGGGGGGGGUGGGGGGGGUGUUGGAGGUUACAGCCUUUCAAGUGAUUGCACUUACACAAACAUUUGUAUUUUUGAGACAAGGAAAGUGAUCCAGUCCUACAGACAAAUUUUUGGGGCCUUUGCUUUUCUGUAAUUCUUGUGGAGUAUUUGUCCCAAAUGAGGAGUUAACAUUGGUAAAACCAUAUGAAACAAAAUGAUUUCAUUGGAAGGCAGUGGUUGUUUGUUUUAGAGCAGGGGUGUAAAACUCCAGUCCUGGAAGGCUGCAGCGUCUGUGGGUUUGUGUAGUUUCCUUUCAAUCAGCUGCAGUUUAAGGCACUUGAGAACAAGGUGUUUGGACUCUAGUCCAUCAGUGACUUUAAUGAAUCACUGGUGCUGAAACACACCAAAAGCCAGCAGACACCGUAGCCCUCCAGGACUGGAGUUUAACACCUGUGUUUUAGAGGUCUUUGCCAGUUUACAAUAUAUCUACAAUAGUUUCAGAUUAUGAGGCUGAAUAAAAUUUUGAAAACCAAGUAAUAUGUCAAAUUCUAAAAGGUGCUUUACAAACUUGUGACUGGCUAUGUGAACAGCAAAGAUGUAGGCUGCAUUAGUCUUAGUUCUGGCGAUUAGCCUUAUGUCCAUACCAAAGAAAAGCUGCCUACUUGGAUACAGAUAAGAAUGGGCUCUGUAGCUAUCCUCCAUCUGAUCUGCCACUGUCCACUGCUCCCCACUGAGAGGUCUCUGUCCUUAAUGGCACACGGGUUGGAAGGCCUUCUGCCAACGCAUUUGUUGUGAAUGUCUCCAGGAUAAAUUUUAGGGGAGGGAACUGGGUAUUGAAAUUGAAUGCUGUUAUUUUUAAAGUGGCAACUUUCGUUGCACAGGGAACCUCGUUUGAAAAGCAUGCUGAAAAACACUACUGGUCUGUUUUAAAAAAAAAAAAAGAAAAAAGAAAAAAAAGAAAAAAUGAUGUAGCAGGAUGUUCUUUGUGUGAAUUUUGUCAACUGUUGUAACUGUUCCUCACAUGUGAAAAGCUCCAUUUGUAAAUAUGACAGAUCCACAGGAAGAAAUCCAAUUACUCAAGACACUGUGUUAUGACCAUAAUUAUUAAGAAAUAUGGUAGUUCUGUGUACCUUCACAAGCGCUUUUACUGGUUGUAUUAGAUCUGCUCCUAGCGAGAUGUGCUGCAGCUCGAGCUUCUUGUACAGAUGCUGUUUGUCGGGUUUCUAUCUUGGUGAUGUCUUUCUGUUCCCUUUCUGAGAUUUAUAGUGCUGUUUUCGCAGAAAAGAUGUGUAUAUUGAGUGAGAACAAUAGCAUGGUUUAUUGGAGAAAAAAGGUAUUAUGAUAUAUUUAGCAGGUCGCUUGUCUCUCCGUGACAGAGGUAUAUUGUGCCCAGAACUUAGCAGCAGACACACUGGAAAUUCAAUAGCUCAAAUUUCAGCAGGCUUUGAGGUUCACGUAAUUGCACUAAACUUUUUAUGAACCAAGGGUUUGGCGCCUCUUUUAGGACAAAUGAUACAAUUGAAGCCCGCAAAAAAAAAAAAAAAAAACAAGACAAUAUUUUUGUAAAGAGCUUAAGAAAGAAGAAAAGACGAUAAUUAACAAAGAAGAAAUGUCAUAAAAAAUGACACUUAAUUGUCUUAUGUAGCAAUGUGCAUUGAUCUCAGUGAGAUAAGUCUUUUACUCAUUCUCAUACAUGAGAAUAUAAAACGCAAUUUAAAGAAAAAUUAUUAAAAAAUGAAAAAACUAUCAAAUAUUUCCUUCACCAUGUUUAUAAAUAAUCAUAAGCAUGCAUGUGUGUUGAAUUCUGUUGUACAGAGUAUCUUCGUAACCACUUUCUUCGCUGUAAUAAAGACUGGUUCUGUCAACCAGAAAGGAUAACUACUCGCAUAACAAGUUACUUGCAUUGUUUGAUGUUUACUAAAAUCAAAUUUGUACUUGUUCUGUAUGUUCAGUUUACGGAUUUGUUCUGUUGAUUUUUGGUGUUUUUAUUUCUUUUUUUAAAGAAAGAAAUGCAUCUCUUUGUGAAGAAAACUUUUAUACAUUUUAUUUUGUUUUUAUUUUUUGGCAAAACCGUUGAUAAGCACUGAUAUUUGGACUUUAAUGAAGAAAACAGAACACUUUGUUCAUUUAAUGCAUAGGGGUUGCAGUGACUACCAUGCUGUACUUUUCACUGACUCUGUAGGAACCACCUAAAAUCCCUCAAUCCAUCGAGACUUCUACAACCUUCCACCAUGUUGUUGUCUGGUGCACAACGGACCGUACAGUAGUUUGGUAAUGUUGCAAUAGCAAUUCAGCAAUGUUUAUUCUUUUCUUUUUUAAAUUCAAAGUGCUCCCAGAUCUUGAGAUUUUUUAAGUGGUUUUAAAAACCAAUAAACUUUUUUUUUUUAAGAACUUGG